GCAGUUUUACCAAGCCUGCAAAACAGGCAUCAUGGACCGAGCUCUCUCCAUAUAUUUCCUGCUGGGAUGGCUGGGUGGAGACCUCCUAAACCUUAUUGGUUCCUUCCUGGCUCAUCAGUUGCCUCUGCAGGUUUACACAGCUAUUUACUACGUGCUGGCAGACCUGGUGAUGCUCUCUCUCUACUUCUACUACAAAGUGAAGAACAGGAGUGGAGUCACUGCCCCGAUCAACGCAGCCUUCCUCUUCCUCUCCCUGGGGACGCUGUCGACUCUCUCCUUCCUGGGCAGAGGUGCUGCUGUGCCACAGGACCCCAUGACCUUUAAAGGGAGGUCUCUGCUGUCUGCCCAUGUGGAUGAGCUGGGGUUGGAGCCCUUCAGCAGGAGUGAGAUCGUUGGCUUCACCAUUGGCUCCAUCUCCUCUGUGCUGUACCUCUGCUCCCGACUCCCCCAGAUCUACACCAACUACAAGAGGAAGUCCACUGUUGGGGUCUCCUACUCCCUCUUUGCCCUGGUGAUGUUGGGGAAUUUACUCUAUGGCCUCAGUGUCCUCCUGAAGAACCCUGAGCCAGGGCAGGGUGAAGGUGACUACAUCCUGCACCACCUGCCCUGGCUGGUGGGCAGCCUGGGGGUCCUGUCCCUCGACGUGGUUAUCUCCUUCCAGUUCCUUGCUUACCAGAAAGGAAGACCAAGCAGCCAUGAGGAGAGGGAAGCUCUUCUGGGAGAGCAGGGUCAGCCUGGAGAGCUGACCAAGCAGUGAGGGCAGGGUGAAGAUCUGGGCUUAACACCAGGCAAACCAGCCCCUCCAUCCUGGUGGCUCUUGGGAGAAGAGGACCUGAGCCAGGGGCUGGCAUGUUGUGCUGCUAAGACACUGAGGUGGCAGAAGAUGCUGCUGGGAGGCCUCGUGCCCCUUUGGUGCCAAUAAUGCAGUUGGGAUAAACAGGGAAUUGUUUGAUACCUCAGAAGCUGCUCUUUGCUGCUCUUGCCUCCCACA